AUAGUUUAUAUUAUCUUUAUAAAUAAGUUAUUUGAACUAUCUUCUUGUCUAAUCAACUAGAACCGAGUGUACUUGUUAACAGGAAUUUGCGGAUUUGUUAUGAGACAGCCGAAUUGAUGUUCAAGUUUUUCCAUCAUAGCUCCAGCUCUUCUUCGUCGGGGUCAGUCACCAGCGGUGGUGGUGGUGGUGGAAGUGGCGAUAGUAAUACAGCGAUGGGGAGUUUAAAGGACUUACAACAGGCUUUACAGCAAAAAGACAAUGAAAUUAAGACGAAAGAUUCUAGGAUAUCUAUUCUUGAACAAGAGCUUAAAAAGAAAGAUGAAACUAUACGAAAUUUAAAUCGUGAACUUGAUAAAUAUCGAUCUGUAUUGCAACCUACUACUACUACUACGGCGGCAAACAAAACACGACAACGUUUACAAGGUAUAUCUGCGGAACCACAGAGUAUCUUAGCUAAGUCACAAGCUUUAAAUGCUCAACAGUUAAAAAGACAUUCUAAAUCCUCCAAAUCCAAAGAUAUUAUCCGUGCAGCUAUCAAGGACAAUGACUUUCUUACUAAUUUGGAGCAAUCCCAAGUACGAGAACUGGUCGAAGUUAUGUACUCCAAAGACUUUAAGAAGGGAGAAUACAUAAUCAGAGAAGGAGAACCUGGACAACAUCUGUAUGUUAUUGAAGAUGGAAAAUGUGAAGUUACAAAAGAUGGCAAAGUUUUGGGUGAAAUGUCAAGUGGAAAAGCUUUUGGAGAAUUGGCAAUUCUUUACAACUGCACCAGAACUGCAACAGUUCGAGCCAAUACUACUUCAAAAUUAUGGGCCAUUGACAGACAAGGAUUUCAAACUAUUAUGAUGAAAACUGGAAUGGAAAGACAACAAGAAUACAUGGACUUCUUAAAAAGUGUCCCUGUGUUACGAGAUAUUCCUAAUGAUGCACUUGCAAAGAUUGCUGAUGUGUUAGAAGAGGCAUUUUAUGAAGAAGGCGAGUAUAUCAUCCGUCAAGGUGCCAGAGGAGACACUUUCUUUAUCUUAAGGAAAGGAAAUGUUGACAUUACACAAAGAGCAUCUGUUCAUAGUGAACCACAGUUUGUAAGAUCUCUUUCUAAAGGAGCUUACUUUGGAGAAAAAGCCUUACUUGGUGAGGAUUUGAGAACAGCAAACGUCAUUGCAGGAAAAGGCGGUUGUGAUUGUUUGGUAGUGGACAGAGAGUCUUUCUCAAUGUUCAUUGAGAACUUGAGUGAUAUCAAAAAGGAUAUGUAUGGUGAUGGCAGUGGUAAAAAGAAGAUGAGUGUUGAUCCUAAAUCACCAACAUUAAUAAAAGAGAAUGAUGAGUUUGCAAAUGUUAAGUUAGAACAUUUGACAGUCACUGCAACUCUUGGUGUUGGUGGAUUUGGUCGUGUAGAAUUAGUUCAAUUAGCUACAGACAAGAGAACCUUCGCCUUAAAACAGUUAAAAAAGAAACACAUUGUAGAGACUAGACAACAAGAUCAUAUUAUGUCAGAAAAACGUAUUAUGUCCGAAGCACACUGUCAGUUUAUAGUAAGAUUAUACAAAACAUUUAAAGAUAGGAAAUAUUUAUACAUGUUGUUAGAAGUAUGCUUAGGCGGUGAACUGUGGACAAUUCUAAGAGAUAGAGGUUCUUUCGACGAUGGAACGACUAGGUUUUACGUAGCUUGUGUUAUUGAAGCAUUUUCGUACUUACAUUCAAAGGGUAUAGUGUACAGAGACUUGAAGCCUGAAAAUCUAUUGUUAGAUGAGAAGGGUUACUGUAAAUUAGUCGACUUUGGUUUUGCAAAGAAAAUUGGUUUUGGCAGGAAAACGUGGACGUUUUGUGGAACUCCCGAAUAUGUCGCACCGGAGAUUAUUUUAAACAAGGGUCACGAUUUCGCGGCUGAUUAUUGGUCGUUAGGUAUCUUAAUGUAUGAAUUACUAACCGGUAGUCCACCGUUUUCUGGUUCUGAUCCAAUGAAGACAUACAACAUUAUUUUGAAAGGAAUAGACAUGAUUGAAUUUCCAAGGAAGAUCACUAGAAACGCUCAUAAUCUUAUUAAGAAACUGUGCAAGGAUAAUCCGUCGGAAAGAUUAGGAUAUCAAAGGAAUGGAUUGAAAGAUAUUCAAAAACAUAAAUGGUUUGAUGGCUUUAAUUGGGAUGGACUACGCAACAGAAAACUCGCACCGCCAAUUGUACCCAAGAUUAAAUCAAGCACGGAUGCAUCAAAUUUUGAUGACUACCCGAAAGAUGACGAAGUGCCUCCCGAUGACAUGACCGGAUGGGAUAAAGACUUUUAGACCUUAAUGUUAUUCACCAACAGUGACGUCCGACGUCGAGUUUUCAUGUUUAUUGUGAUUGUGUACAAUAAUAGAUGUUGAUCGUCUGUAGCAGAGAGUACAUAUAUUUACACACGAUUAUUUAUACGUUGACACCUCGGGAAUGGAUUUUUUCUUAAUCUUGUACAAUCCAACGAGGACUAUUCAUGAAAUUCACAUGAGUGUUUUAUGUUGCCGCGCGCACUUGUUUUGCUGGAACGAAUCGUGGUGUAGUUUGUGUAGUCCUGUCGUGUUGUAGUCUACCUGUUAAAAAAACUUCUGAAAGGGACUGUGAACGUUUAGUAAACUCGCAAACUGAAUGCUGUCCGUUCAUAUGAACGGUAUCUUCCAACAAGCGCAUGUCGGGAUGUCAGAAAGUGAUCUUUCCCAACAUCUUAUACUGGAUAGAUUUUGGUGAAUGUGUCUGUUUUUUGUUUAUUUGUUUGUGUGUGUUUGUGUGUAAAAUUACCAGUGUAUCCCUUCAAACAGGAAUAGGUUUUUCCGAAGUUGAUGAAAGAACUAAUAAAGGCGACAAGUAUUCUGUAUUAAUUAAUCUUUAACAUUUUUUUCUAGUGUUUUUCUUUUUUGUCUAAUGGCAUCCAUAUUUAUACAGCGUGUUUUAAUUAAGUAUAUAGUUUGAAAUUUAUGUCAUAACUAACAAUAACGAAAUUUUAUUAGCCGAUUCGAUGCGACUGUCAAUUGAAGAUUCAUGAACAUAUAAGAUCCUCGAUUUUUUGUCAAAUUUUAGACAUGACUGAACGUGAUUACAGUGCUUUAUAUUCAUUACUUUUUCAAAAGAACAAGCUUUUGUUACUUUUCUUCUUUUUGACGCUCUAUGGCACAAAUUAACCUUGGUAUUAUUAUUUUUUUCUUUUUCUUAUUUUUGUGUGUAUAUAAAAUGAUUUUUUUAUUACUGUUUCGUGAUCCAACAUGUCGUUACGAAGCUUCCAAUGCAAACUAGGCUUACAUUUUAAACAACUCUCUUUUAUAACUCUUCAUGAACUUCAAAGCAUUAUUAUUUAUCCAUUUUGUGAUUAGAUUGUGAAAAACUCUGUCUUCGCACCCUUUUUUAUUUUUAAAAGACGACACUAAAAGA